AUGAAUAAUACAGCGGUUCCAUUGUCAGCAUGCGCGGCCAGUGCCAUCCCUUACCCCACGGUGUUUGGCGCAGAGAUUCUUGAUUUAUCUGUCAAUCUUGUGCAAAACUUCACCCGAGAGGUAUCCGAUCAGCUUUUCUACAACCAUCCCUCCGUCUCUCUGAAAGGUAUCGACUACUGCAAUGUCACUGUCACUUAUACACACCCGGGCCAAGAUGACACGAUUAAUGUCGAAACCUGGCUUCCGAUGAAUUCUUGGAACGGCCGUCUUCAAGCUGUCGGCGGCGGCGGGUACGUGGCUGGUCGGUUCGCUUUGUCGUACACCGCCAUGGCUGGAGCUCUUGGAGAGGGCUAUGUUGCAACAACUACCGACGGCGGUAUUGGAUUGAGCUACGUUCCUGAUCCGUGGGCGCUGAACAGUCCCGGCAAUGUAGACUUGUACGCCCUUCAGAACCUUGCCUCAGUAUCACUGAACGAUCAGUCCAUCAUCGCGAAGGACAUCAUCAACAACUUCUAUGGGCAGCCUGCCAAAUACUCAUACUGGAGCGGCUGCUCUCAAGGCGGCCGUCAGGGGUUCAUGCUUGCUCAACGCUAUCCGGAGGCCUAUGAUGGCAUCGCCGCCGCGGCUCCAGCGUUCAACUGGGGUCAGUUCAUUCCAGCAGCCUCGUGGGCGCAGGUCAUGAUGGAUAUUACGGGGCAAUUUCCCCCCAAAUGCGAGGUAGAUGCGCUCACGGACGCCGCUGUCGCAGCUUGUGAUCCCUUGGACGGUGUUACCGAUGGACUCAUCAGCGACCUCGCAGUUUGUUCCUUUGAUCCAUUCUCGAUGGUCGGAAAGGUAGUCAACUGCACUUCGACCGGCGAACAGGUCACAAUCAGCAACGCCUCUGCAGGAAUCGCCAACCUCACCUGGACGGGGCCUCGGAAAGGCAAUGGGGACUUCCUUUGGUAUGGUGUCGACUACCAAGCACGGCUGACGGGUGCGGACAACCCGGCGGGCACCACAUCUGAUCUUGGCUACGCAACGACGACUUGCGAUUCGAAUGGGACAUGUGUUGGAGCACCCACUGGGCUCGGUGAGGCCUGGUUAAAGUUCUUCGUGCAAAAGAACCCCGAGUGGAACUACACUAUGAUUACCUCGGUUGAUGAAUAUGCACGCCUAUUUCAAGCUUCUGUUCAACAGUUCGAUUCCAUCAUCGGAACGUCCGAUGCUGACCUGUCCAAUUUCCGUGACACGGGAGGCAAGCUCAUCACUUAUCAUGGUCUAGCUGAUGGUCUCAUCCCGACCAAAGGGACCAGCGACUACUACGACCGUGCCAUGAAGCAGACACCUGACGUCAAAGACUUCUUCCGCUACUUUGAAGUUCCAGGGCUGGCCCAUUGCUCCGGUGGAUCUGGAGGGCAGCCGACGGCGACAUUCCAAGCGCUGGUCGACUGGGUCGAGAACGGCAUAGUCCCAGCGACACUCCCUAUCAAAUUCAAUGACACUGCUGGGACGGAGUACGAUAGGGUUCUAUGCCCUUACCCGGAAAAGGCACGACUUGUUUCCGACUCUGCGGACGUAACCAAAUCCGAGUCUUACCGAUGCUCAGUAUAA